AUGGCUGAGACCGCCAAGCCCGGCUGUUUGUCAAGCCCAGCCCUCCUGAAGGAAAAGCCCCUGGGGGGCGGGCACGUAGCAGGCAGGGAGCAGUGCCGAGGCCCGGUGGAGGCUGGGGUCAAUGCAGCAGAAGAGGGGCUGUGCCAGGCAGCCUCCGUGCCUAGAUCUGCCGACCCCAUUGGAGCCCUAGCCUUGCUCCAACCUCUUGGCAGUGGGAGGCCGCGGGGCUCCUGGGUGUGCUCCCUGCUCCGACGCCCCUCUACACUUCCCACCCAGGCGAGUGAGGACAGCGAGAGCGUGGGUCACCGCCCUUCUUGUCAGAGGCCCCACGAUCCUGCUUCUCAAGGCGUGUCCUUCACACUCGCCACCGUGGACCCCGCAGCUGCUGGCACCCUGCCUUGUGCCCACAGGUCCCCAGAUGUGCUGAAAGACUUUGCCCCGGGUUCGCAGCUGCCCGUCCUGCUGUAUGACGGCGACGCCAAAACGGACACGCUGCAGAUUGAGGAGUUUCUGGAGGAGACGCUGGGCCCCCCAGAAUGAGGAUUCCCCAGCCUAGCGCCCAGAUACAGGGAGUCCACCGCGGCGGGCAAUGACGUCUUUCACAAAUUCUCCGCCUUCAUCAAGAACCCGGUGCCCGCGCUGGACAAUGAUGAGGAGGCCCUGUACCAGCAUCUGCUGUGCGCCCUCGCCAAGCUGGACAGCUACCUGCGCGCGCCCCUGGAGCACGAGCUGGCGCGGGAGCCGCAGCUGCGCGAGUCACGCCACCGGUUUGUGGACGGCGACCAGCUCACGCUGGUCGAUUGCGGGCUGCUGCCCAAGCUGCACACCGUGAACACGGUGUGCGCGCACUUCCGCCAGGCGCCCAUCCCCUCUGAGUUGCGCGGCGUCUGCCGCUACCCGGACAACGCCCUGCAGGAGAAAGAGUUCAACUACAUGUGUCCACACAGCGCCAAGAUCCUGGCGGCCUACCGGCCCGCCGUGCUCCCCCGCUAGCGCGCCCGCCUUCCCCGCCACCCGCCCGCUCCUCUGCAGCCCCAGAAAGGCAUCUCUGCCUCAGUGAGCGGGUACGGACAUACGAGGACCAGAAGCCCCGCAAUUUCUGCCACCCCCAAACUCCCACCGUGAGACGCUCAGCUCCAGAUGACAGCCAGGAAGGACCGGCAAAGAACCCAGUGGGCGGCGUGCGGUCCAUACCCCCACUCCUCAGGGAUGGCGGGACUGGAUUGGGCUCCCAAACCAGUCAGGCCAGGGUGGGGCGGCAGGAUGGCUGGGGAGGGUGGGGAACAGAGCCCCGUCUGGGCAACUUGGGUCUCCAGGCCGGAGGGUGGGCCCAUAUUCCUCAGCUCUGCCCCAGGUGGCAGGCAGGCCACCCCCAUCUCCCUGGUCAUCACGUGGGGUUUGCAUCAGGGAGGCGUGUGCCCGGAGGGACAAAAGCAGAGUUCUAGCCUCUCAGAGCCCCAGCCCCACCUCACACAACCUUCUUGGCUCCUGGGCUGGCCAG